AUGACCUUUAUAUGCAAAAAGUGCAAAAAGGCGUUUCGCAAGGAUGCACGUGAAUUCGAGGAUGCCGACGAGUACUGCCCGCACUGCGACAACCACUUUGUUCUCGACGCCAAAACCCCCAAAGCGUCCAUCCAGGUGGAGGGCGAAGAUGCGCGCAUCGACUCGAGAAUGAUCCGGGACGAGCGUGUGCAACAAGACACGCCGCGCUCCAUCUUCGACGUCAAAGAGGCACCGAACAAGCUGGGCUGA